CCAACGGCUUAUCACUCUUUAUUGACACAAUUUUUGUGAUCUCCGAUAUUUCCGAUAACCUUCCGCCCUCCUCCCCCCCUUAGAGUUGCAAAUGAAGCUGAAUGAACGGGGCUCGGCAAGCGGCGCAAUAUCCCCGCCCCUAGCUUCUCCAACCGGUGUCACGUCGCCCUCGAUCAUGCGGCACAACAGAUUCGAUCCAUAUGAGCGACGACACUCGAUGCCUUCUCUGGAAUUCUCGCCUAAAGCACAGCAAGCAGCAUCCGCCCAAGGCAAUCAUCGCCGCAACGGCUCCCGUGACUACACAACAGAGAGCGGUCACCAACCUCAUCACAUGCAGCCCAACGGCCCCGGCCCCGGUCCUGGCCCUGGGGCCUAUCCUCGCACGAUCCCAACCCCACCAAAGACGCCCGAUACAAAGACGUCGUUCAAGUUCGCGUCCGGCAUGUCGAGGUCCAUCUCUUUGGGAUCGUCAGACCGACAGAACAUGGGUAUGCCGGGAGGUGGACCUCCUCAGUACCCAGUACACAAUGGACCCGCUCGUCCCAACCUUCCAGGAGUUUCGUCGCUUCACAAACCUCAACAACCAAUGAUGACUAGCGGCAGCAGCAGCUUUCACUACCCAUAUACCGCACCGACUAUGAUGUCGCCCCCCUCUUCAACGACUAGUUCACUGGGUUCGUCCGCACCUCCGCCCAUGAGAAUGGCGCGUUCGGUCUCGGCUCUGGUGGUCCCCUCAACGAACCGGCCUCAAUCGCCCUACGGCCAGGGUCAGGGCUCUGAAUGGCAGUCGUCGCAGCCACAGCAACACCAGGCGCUGAAUUACGCACUUCCACGUCCGAAUAUGACGCGGCAUGGAUCUCUGGACAUGCAGUCCAGGCGGUUUGUGCGUGGACAUGAGCACCAUCGGUCGUUGGAAAUUGAUCCAUUCUCUGCAUUGGCAGAGCUCGCCAACUUGGCGGAGCAGCAUCGCGAGAUGCCUGGCGGUGGUCGUGCGACGAACGCUUCGACGACAGCGACCAUGGCGACCAUGGCGACGACGAUUACGGCGGCUGUACCGAGCAAGGACAAAGUCGAGGGCAAUCAGUAUUACGGACGGGGUAGCGAUGGGAGCGAGUCCCUGUCGCGGUCUGGAUCGAGCUGCUCUGGCCAUGAGCUCGCGGAUGUUGAGGAUGCGGUGAUCAAGACCAUGAUCGAGCGGUCGCCGACGUCCCCUGGCCCGGUGGUGAUGGGAAGACGGUUCUCGACACUGGGACAUGUCCAAGAGGAGGAGCAGGAGCAUGAGCAUGAGCAUGGGGAGGGUGCGGAGAAGGAUGGUCGAGGUCAUCAUCAUCAUCAGCAUCAUCAGCAUCAUCAUUCGUAUCAUAUUGAUGCGAGGAAGAGCGCGACUCUGGUGCUGGGUCAUAGUAAGAGCUAUAGUGCGCAUGAUUACCUUCAGCAGCACAGCACUGGUGGGGGCGGACGAGAUCUGGGGUCGGCUGGGUACAGAGCUAAAAAGCGAUAUUCGGUCGACUUUUCGGUUUUGUCGGACCCGACUUCGGCAGAGCAGGAUGAUAAUGAUGAUGAUGAUGAUGGUGAUGAGAAUGAGGAGGAGGAGGAGGGGAUGUGGAUGGACGAGGACAGGGGCGCUCAGAGCAGCGAGGGAUAUGCUCACAACAGGAGAAUGUUGGGUCCUGCGACAGGCCCGAGCGCGUCGUAUCUGACGAUGAGACGUGGGUCUGUGCGUGAGCUAAUGGCGAUCGAUCACCUGUGCCUGAGCUCUGAGGAGGUUGAGCGCUGCUGAGAGGGGGCAGACGCGGUACAUUUCUUUUUUUUUUUUCUGUAUAUCUUCUUUUUCUUUUUCCUUUUCUUUGCUGUCAUGUAUAGUUUAUCUGUCUGUUUGGAUCAUUGUA